AUGGCGACGGCACAGGAUGGGCGUCCCUUGUCCAAGAUCACCGUCCUAAUCUCAGGCUCCGGCACCAAUCUACAGGCCCUCAUCGACAGCUGCAACACCCCCGCCCUCCCUCAUGCCAACAUCAUUCGAGUCAUAUCCGACAGAAAAGACGCCUACGGUCUGAAACGCGCCGCAGACGCCAAUAUCCCGACCAUAUACCACGGCAUCGUGCCCUACAAGAAGAAACACCCCGACACCUCGCCCAAUCCCACCUUCGACGAAGCGCGGAGAGCCUACGAUGCAGACUUGGCCAAUAUCGUCCUGGCCGACAAGCCCGAUAUAGUGGUCUGCGCCGGCUUCAUGCGCAUCGUCACCACCGCUUUCCUCACUCCUCUGCUGCAUCCAAACGUCCCGAUCAUCAAUCUGCAUCCCUCUCUGCACGGCGAUUUGGUGGGCGCACACUGCAUUGAGCGCGCUUGGGAGGAGUUUCAGCAGGGCAAGAGGAAGAAGACGGGUGUCAUGGUGCACUAUGUGAUUGCGCAGGUGGAUAUGGGGGAGCCGAUUGUGCAGCGCGAGGUGGAGAUUGAGGGUUGCGCGAGUCUGAAGGAGCUGGAGGAGAGGAUCCAUGCGGCUGAGCAUCCGUUGAUUGUGGAGGGGACGAAGAGGGUGUUGGAGGGCAAAGCUGGAGAGGCUCGGUGA